AUGGCACUAACAGACCCAGGAAACAAAGUGAGCAACGACCAUCUCUAUCGUUAUAAUACCGGCCGCUUCCUGGUCAACGAAGAAUAUGAACUAGCCAAGCGCUAUUCCCCGUUCGACAUGGAUGCACUAUGCCGGACCGUCGCGUCACUACCGUCUGUCAACUCUCCUGUCUAUCAGGUGGUCAAAAAGGAGGGAGGUUAUAAUAAGGCGCUGCUUAUGACCACGGAGAAUAGCCGGAUGGUCAUAGCGAAAGUGCCUUGCCGGAAUAUAGUUCCCAGGCAAUAUGGGACGGCUUCCGAAGUGGCUGUCCUGGGAUUCGUCAAAUAUCACUCCCCUACCCCUGUGUCCGAAGUCCUGGCCUGGAGCGCCGAUGGCGACAACCCUGCGCGUACAGAGUACAUCAUCCUCGACCCAUCACCCGGCCGACAGCUAUCCGAAGUGUGGGAUGAUCUCGAAGAACCACAGAAAUCAACCCUUGUGCGCAAAUUCGCAGAGCUCGAGAGUAACCUUGCUGCCGUCGCCUUCCCGGGCUAUGGUUCCCUAUACUUCCGUAAUGCGCUCCCCGCAGCCCUGCAGAAAUCGAAACACCGUAUUAUCGACGUGGAUGAAACGUAUUGUCUGGGGCCCAUGUAUCAUGGCUCGUGGCCAGGAGGAUUUGCUGCAGAUCCGGAGCAGUAUGCUCAAUUUUCAGGCCCAUGGAAAUCAUUAACCGCGCUUGCCCACGAUUUCGUCAACCAAGGCAUCUUCCAAAUCGAACACUACAAGUCCUCCUACGCCGGGCGUGGGCCCCACUUUGGUACACCGGAAGAACACAUCGGCACUCUUCACAGAGCAAAAAAGAUCAUGCCUAUUCUCACCGAACUACCAGCCUUGAAGCGACACGGCGGGCCAGUCCUGUGCCAUCCCGACUUCCACCCGGGCAAUAUCUUCGUGUGUCGACAAGAUCCGACCAGAGUAGAUGGUAUUGUAGACUGGCAGUAUGCUAAUAUUCUACCACGGUUUAUGAACGUGCGCUGGCCGCUGUUUCUAACUAUGGGCUGUGACGCCGAAGACGGAAUUGGACAGGAGGACGCCAUGUGCGAGGCGCAACGGAGACACGAGGAAGCUAUGCGGAUUAAGUGCUACGAGGCUGCACUGGUCAAGUCGCAUAUGGAGCCGUAUCUGGACCUGCCUGAGCCGGACGUCGCAGUUCGGAAACUAUUCACCCUCUGCACUGAUACGUAUCGAGACGGUAUCCUCCCUCUCCGCGACUGUCUUGUUAAACUCUUCCAGUAUUGGAAGCAGUUGGGUCUGUCCAAAGAAUGUCCGUAUCACUUUUCCGCGGCCGAAAUUACACAGCACGAGAGGCAAUGGACCGAGUAUCAGGAUUGGCUCACCUUGCGGGAGUCUACGCAUGAACUGCUCAAGUCGAAUGAUGGGGGAUGGAUACCGCCUGGUGUUGACUUCGAGGAGGCGAAGAAUCGGCAUCAGAUGCUAUAUGAGCAUUUCAUUAGGACGAAGAUGAAAGAUAUGCCGGAAGAGGAGGCAAGGAAGCUGUGGUUCUUUAGAGAAAGGGGGUAG